AUCACUUUGUUUGAUCCAUCAAACACUUCCAUAAUGGCAUCUACUUCAGCUUCAUCCAUACAAAAGAGCUUCAAGUAUGAUGUCUUUUUGAGUUUUAGGGGUGAAGACACCCGCAAGAACUUUGUUGAUCAUCUCUAUCAUGCUCUUCACCAAAAGGGCAUUAUAACUUAUAAGGAUGAUGAAACAAUCAAGAAAGGGGAAAGAAUCAGAGAUCAGCUCAUCGAGUCCAUUGAGGACUCGAGAUUUUACAUCAUUGUUUUCUCCAGGAACUAUGCAUCUUCAUCAUGGUGCUUAGACGAGCUCGUCAAGGUUAUGGAGUGCCAAAAGAUGACCGAGCAUACUGCUUACCCCAUCUUCUAUGAUGUGGAACCCUCUGAAGUCCGAAAACAAAGUGGGUCAGUUGGGGAAGCCUUUGAACAGUUCACAAGGAAGAGGAAGAGGGCGUUGGAAGAUGUAAAUCUGGAAAAGGAAAAUGAUGUUGGAAGAUGGAAAAAUGCUCUAAAAGAAGCAGCCAACCUCGCUGGGAUGGAGUUGAAGAACACUUUCAACGGACAUGAAGCAAAAUUUAUCCAACAAAUCGUUCAAGACGUUUCACUAAAGCUACAUCUCAUUAACUUGAGCGUUGACAGGAAGUUAGUAGGCAUGGAGACUCGGGUAAGGGACAUAAUUUCAUCUUUGGAACUUGAUAUAGAUGAUGUUCGGAUGAUAGGGAUCAAGGGGAUAGGCGGUGGUGGGAAGACCACUUUGGCGAGAGCUAUUUUUGAUCAUAUAUCCAUCUGGUUUGAAGGUAAGAGCUUUGUUGAAGAUGUUAGAGAAGUUUCCAAAGGCUCUUUGUCUGGGUUGAAGGAUUUGCAAAAGCAGAUCCUUUCAUCCGUGUUAAAUGAUCAAACCAUUGUUGUAGCUGGUGUUUCUGACGGAAAAAGUCUGAUGAAAAAGAUGAUGCCUCAUAGAAAGGUUCUUGUAGUUCUAGAUGAUGUGGAUGAUAUAGACCAGCUUGAAGCAUUAGCAGGUGAGCCUACCUGGUUUAAGCCGGGAAGUAGAAUCAUCAUCACCACAAGAGAUGAGCAAGUGUUAGUAGCACAACGAGUGGAUGUUAUUCAUGAUGUCAAUCUGUUAUCAGAUGAGGAAGCAAUUUGCCUCUUUAGUAGGUAUGCAUUUGGGAGGGAGAUUCCAGAUCAAGGGUAUGAAGAGCUAUUAGGAAAAGUUGUACAUUAUGCUGCCGGUCUUCCCUUAACAAUCAAAGUUUUGGGUUCACAUCUUUGUGGUAGAACUGAGCAUGAAUGGGUAGACACCAUAGAAAGACUAAAAACCAUUCCAUUAGAGAAAACUUUGAAAAGAUUGGAAAUAAGCUAUAAUGGCCUGGAGAAUGAUGAGAAAGAAAUAUUCUUAGAUGUCGUAUGCAUACUGAAAGGUGAAAUGAAAGAUGACUCAAUAAGAAUACUUGAAAGUUGUGGGUUUAAUGCUCAUAUUGGUUUAAGAGUUCUUGAGCAGAAAUCUUUGAUAACUAUUUCUGAUUAUGACGGUUUGCGUUUCCAUGACCAUAUAGAAGAAAUGGGCUGGAAUAUUGUUCGUGGUUUGCACCCUCUUGAGCCUAGCAAGCAUAGCCGAUUAUGGAUUAAAGAAGAAAUUGAAGAUAUAUUGGUUAAUGAAUUGGGUGCCGAAGUAACAAGAAGUAUUAAACUAAAAUACACAAGUCUCCAUCCAACAACUAUUAUGAGAGGUCUUAGGAAAAUGAGGGAACUUAGAUUUCUUUCCGUGCGUAGAGGAGCUAAAGUAUGGGCUAUUGAUGAAGUUAGCCAAUACUUGCCAGAUGCUUUACAAUCUCUAUAUUGGCUUCAAUACCCUUUUCGGUCUUUACCUCAAACGUUUCAAGCAAAUAAGCUCGUUAACCUUGAAAUGGUUGCCAGCAAUAUAUCUGAACUUUGGGAAGGAGGAGAAAAAAAGGUUCUAAAUAAGAUAAGAUUCAUUGACCUCAGAUAUUCAAAGUUAGAAACCUUUGACCUUAGUAUUACUCCAAAUCUCGAAAAGUUAAAUCUGGAAGGAUGUUUUAACCUUUUCAAACUCCACAUCCCUGUUGAAUGUCCAAAGCUCAAAUUCCUCAAUCUCACUUUUUCUAAGGUGAGUAACCUUAACCUUAGGAUGACUCCACACCUUGAGGUAUUAUAUAUCGAUGGAUGUGAAGAAUUAGUAGAACUCCACUUGCCUGUUGAGUGUUCGAGUCUCAAAUUCCUCUACCUCGGUGGUUCUAAGGUGAGUAAGCUUAACCUUGGGAACACUCAACAUCUCAAAGAGUUGGAUUGUAAAGGAUGUUAUGACUUUGUAGAACUCCACAUGCCCGUUGAAUUUUUGAAUCUCAAAUCCAUAGAUCUUAGUGGUUCCAAGGUGAGUAAACUUAACCUUGGGAUGACUCCACAUCUUGAGGAUUUAAAUCUUGAACGAUGUAAAGAUUUUGUAGAACUCCACAUGCCUGUUGAAUGUCCAAAGCUCAAAUUUCUCAACCUUAAAGGUUCUAAGGUGAGUGACCUUAACCUUAUGGCUCCAAAUCUCGAGAAGUUAAAUGUUGAACAAUGUAAUGAAUUUGUAGAACUCCACUCGCAUGUUGAAUGUCUAAACAUCAAAUCUCUCGAUCUUAGUGGUUCUAAGGUGCGUAACCUUAACCUCGGGAUUACUCCAAAUCUUGAAAGCUUAAAUCUUGAAGGAUGUAAUGAUAUUGUAGAACUCCACAUGCCUGUUGAAUGUCCAAAGCUCAAAUUUCUAAACCUUAAAGGUUCUAAGGUGAGUGACCUUAACCUUAUGGCUCCAAAUCUCGAGAAGUUAAAUCUUGAACAAUGUAAUGAAUUUGUAGAACUCCACUCGCAUGUUGAAUGUCGAAACAUCAAAUCCCUCAAUCUUAGUGGUUCUAAGUUGCGUAACCUUAACCUCGGGAUUACUCCAAAUCUUGAAAGCUUAAAUCUCAAAGGAUGUUAUGACUUUGUAGAACUCCACAUGCCCGUUGAAUGUCCAAAGCUCCAAUUCCUCUGCCUUGGUGGUUCUAAGGUGAGUAACCUCAAUCUCGAGAUGACUCCACAUCUCAAGAAGUUAGAUCUUAAAGGAUGUUAUUACCUUCAAGAAAUUCACGCUCCCGUGGGUUGUCUAAAAAAUCUUGUCUACUGUAACUUCAACGGUUGCUCAAGGUUUAAAUAUUUUGCUGUUAAUAAACGGAAUGAAGUACAUGGUCCUUCAGAUGUAGCUAGACUGAACCUAAUUGCGGAGUCCCUAGAUAUAUGCCCACUGCAUCCAGACAGUAAUUUGCCUAAGUUUCAGUUUAGUUGUAUAUAUCGGGAACCUCUAUUCUCAUCGAGUGGAAAUAUUGAGAAGCUUAUAUCUUUUGGUCUAUGUGCUUGCACAAACCUUGAGUCGUUUUCAACAAGCAUUUGUGGUUUACAACAUUUAAGUGAGCUCACUCUUAUAGGCAGUAUUCCGGAGGUGCCCAAUGAUCUGUAUCAGUUACAAAGUCUAGAGAACCUACGUUUGUCGAUGAAAGAGAUUAAGCAUCUUCCGGAUAGCAUUUGUAUGUUGAAACGUUUGAAAUCACUCAACUUAUAUGAUUGUAGAUCCUUACAAGAUAUCCCAGACAGUAUCUGUAAGAUGGAAAGUUUAAGUGAUUUGAAUCUCCAACUUUGUCUACUAGUUAAAAAAUUGCCCAAGGAAUUUGGAGAUAUGAAACGCUUGAAUACGUUAGAUAUAGAAGGUGCGGGCAUAAUCCAUCUUCCUUCCAGCAUUUUUCGAUUGAAAGGUCUGCGUAUUACAGGGUCUAGGGGGCAGCUUGAGUCGUGUGGUUUUACUAAUAUAAUCUUUGGAUUCGUAGGCUGGUAUGUACGGUUGUGAAUAACAGGGACAUUCUGUUAGUAAGUUGGGAUUCAAGAAGAAGUAUUCAAAGUGUCUUUGAAUAUUUAUGUUUCUGAUUUAUAGAAUGUAAUAGGGACAUUCUCUUUUUGCUUAACAUGUUGUAAACUGAUUACCGAACAAAAAAUGGUUACUUGUAGUUAACUGGCUGACUGAACCAAUCAGUUGAACAACCCGCGCAUAACCUACACCUCUUGAUCGUGGUUCUGUUGGAGGAUAAAAUCAACACUGCACACUAGUAAGUCCCAUAGCAUGUUAAUUAUUGGUUGAAGCUGUUACAUUUGAGUAGGGUUGUUCAUGAGCCGAGCCGAGUCAGUGCAAGCUCGGGCUCGGCUUGAUUACAAGCCGAGCUGGCUGUGUUUGGAUUUGAAACCGAGCUGAAAAUCUAAGCUCGGACUCGGCUUGGUUUUAAACCGAGCUGGCUCGGCCCGGUUUGAUUUGGCUCGAUUUUAUAAAGAAAAAUUAACAUAUAGCUCUUAAAAUUAAAUAGUCUAAAAUAUUAUUCAAUAGCACAAAAGAAUAUUUCCAAAUAAGUUCAAUUAAUACAUUACAAGCCAAAAUCAAGUUUAACAACACAAAUAAGUUUUAAAUUUUAAUGGAAUACAAUAUUAGUUUAUUAGCAUGAUAAUUAACCUUUAAAUAUGUCAUAGUUAUCA